AUGACAACACUAAAUCAAGCUAUAAAAAGAAAAAAAAUUAAAAAAAAUAAAAAAACCAUACUAAGCAACAAACCCCAAAUAAAAGGACUUUUAUUAAGUACAGUUAUAUUAUCCCCUAAAAAACCAAACUCAGCUAAAAGAAAAGUAGCUUUAGUGAAAUUAAAAAACGGUAAAAAAAUAAAAGCAUAUAUACCCGGAGAAAAAUCUAUUUUAAAAGACAAUAAUAAAAUUUUAAUAAGGGGCGGAAACACAAAAGAUUUACCUGGAAUUAACUAUAAAGUCGUAUUAGGGGUUUUUAACAAUUAUAGCUUAGAACAAAGACUAAAUAAAAGAUCUAAAUAUGGAGUAAAACUUCCAAAAAAUUCUUAA